AAAAAGAAAAAGAACACCUGCCCAUACUUUUCAUCCAAAAGAAAGAAAAGAGAAAGAACACUUGGCCAUACUAGCUUUUUCCUUCCAUAUACAUAACAUUCCACAAUCAUUUUCUUACUUAUGAACAAUUACUUUCACAUUCUUUUCUUUCUUAUAAAAAAAAAAACAAUUUCAAUUUUCUUUUUAUAUUAGUAUACUGCUCAGCUCACGAAUCUCAUCCCACCACUAUUUUCCUCUCUCUCAUCAUUUGAUUGUGAAACUUUCUUCAUCAAACUACGAUUUCCUUCCAUAGUGCUGAUCAGUGUGGACCCUUUUUCUCACAAUCGUGGGUAUAAUUAUAUAAUUUCCGAAACAAACUGAAAAAGAAAAGGUACAGCAGAAGCUUAUAUAUAAUUUAAGGCUAUAAGCCAAAUUGAACACCACAGAAAACACACCCAAAGUCAAACGCUCAUUCUUCUGUUCUAGUCUGUUCUUACCCAAAAUGGCACAAAAAUUUAGCUUCCCAAGUUUCACUGCCACAGUAGCAUUGCUUCUAAUUUUCUUCUCAGAAAUGGGAAUAAGCAGUGUAAUGAGUGAUCCAGCCAAAGAUAGAGAGGACUGUAUGGAUCAGUUGACUGGGCUGGCCACUUGUUUGUCUUACGUUAGUGGGCAAGCCAAGUCCCCAACUCCUGACUGCUGCAGUGGUCUAAAACAGGUUCUGAAGAUCAAGAAGAAGUGCUUGUGUGUCAUCAUUAGAGAUCGUAAUGACCCAAACUUGGGCCUUGAGAUCAAUGUUACACUUGCUUUGACUUUGCCAUCAGUUUGUAAUGCCCCUGCUAAUGUCUCCAAAUGCCCCGAGCUUCUGAACAUGGAUCCUCAUUCAUCUGAAGCUCAAGUGUUCUAUCAGUUGGAAGGCAAGAACUCUACUAAAACUGCCAAUGGUCCUGCUCCAAGUCCUACUGCUGGUGGUUCCAUAAACGAGCAAGGCAAAGGAUUACAUUCAAGCACUGGUCAAGAGAAGUGUGCAUGGAAAGCCAUUUUUGGAGGGGUUGUGGUAAUGGCCUUGCAUUGGAUCAUGUAGGCAGUCGAUCGAAAUUUACUGUUACAUUACAAUCUUUAUCAUCCCUUGUUGUGAUAAGUGAUGAAUUUUACUUUAUUACUUACUUUGUUUCUAGAAAAUAUGUUUUACACUUUAAACGAGAAUCAAAACGGGGUUUUGUUGGAAAAAUGGAUGAUAUAUGGAUUGAUACAAAGAUAUAAUAAUUUAAACUCUCAUUCUUCACAAAA